AUCAGAAAAAAUAUUGAGGCUCCAAAAUUUGUUGGACUUGUAGACUUGAAUCAAAACCUGUCGCAAAAUUUUUAUCAUAAGCUUGGUGAGGGGUCAAACAUGUCUAUUGAAGGUUAUGGGAUGAGCAAUGCUGGUGGUUCUGGUGCAAUGGCGGUGGAUAACAGCAGUGUUGGAUCAAAUGAUUCACACACUCAUAUUCUAAACCAGCAGGGUAAUCACAUCCACAAUAACGAUUCUGUUGCUGCUAGCGUAGUCAGGGGGAGAGUUACUAGGUUGAGCGAUGAUGCCCUUGCUCAAGCCUUGGUUGAUCCUCAAUUCCCCACUAUUGGUCUUGCAAUUUAUCAUGAGUGGACAAUUGACUUGAGGAGGCUUACCAUUGGGCAAGCAUUUGCUCAAGGAUCUUUUGGGAAACUCUAUAAGGGAACUUAUAAUGGUGAAGAUGUUGCCAUCAAGCUUCUAGAGAGGCCAGAACAUGAUCUUGAGAAGGCUCACUUUAUGGAGCUGCAAUUUCAUCAUGAGGUCAAAAUGUUGGCAAAUUUGAAGCAUCCAAAUGUAGUACGAUUUAUUGGUGCAUGCCGUAAAGCCAUGGUGUGGUGUAUUGUGACUGAAUAUGCAAGAGGGGGUUCAGUGCGUCAGUUCCUCACGAGGCGGCAAAACCGAGCUGUGCCAUUGAAGUUAGCAGUUGUGCAGGCCUUGGAUGUGGCAAGGGGGAUGGAGUAUGUGCAUGGCCGGAAUCUGAUUCACCGAGAUCUGAAAUCCGACAAUCUGCUGAUUGCUGCUGACAAGUCAAUCAAGAUUGCAGACUUUGGUAUUGCUCGAAUUGAGGUACUGACUGAAGGAAUGACACCAGAAACUGGCACUUACCGCUGGAUGGCUCCGGAGAUGAUCCAGCACCGGCCAUACACCCAGAAAGUUGAUGUUUAUAGUUUUGGCAUUGUUCUGUGGGAGCUCAUAACAGGGUUGCUUCCUUACCAGAGCAUGACUGCUGUGCAGGCUGCUUUUGCUGUUGUCAACAAAGGCAUCCGUCCAACAAUCCCCAUUGAUUGCUUGCCUGUCUUAUCUGAUAUCAUGACCUGCUGCUGGGAUUCUGACCCUGAUAAUCGGCCAACUUUCUCUCAGGUGGUCAAGAUGCUUGAGGUGGCUGAGACAGAAAUCAUGACUAAUAUCAGAAGGGCACGUUUCAGGUGCUCCCCUCAUCCUACGGCUACAGGGUAAGAGGAAACUGGAGGCAACUGAUUUU